AUGUAUGCCCGGGGCCAUCUCGAGGGCUCCGGCCGAUGGGUGCUGGAGGACUGCCAGGCAGACAGUGGAGGAGGGAUCUUCAUCGAGGAAGGGCACAUAAAGCUCACCGGCCCGGCUAUGACCUGCAACAGAUGUCUUGCAAGAGCCGGUGCUGGUGGCGCUUUCCACGUGGGAAGCAUGACUGCCUCUGGCAUGGUGACAGUCAGAAACAGCACGGCUGCCAUGGUCGGCGAUGCUGUGUAUGCGAAUGAUCUGCACCUCCACACUGCGAUCCUUGCGGGCAGGACGGCGUCCCUUGCCGUGGGCAAACAUUCGUCCAUCGCACGACUGCUUUGUGCGGAAGCAGUCAACGGCUGCUAUGUGGAAGGGCCUUCGGCCGACAUCUCUGCAGCGCAGUGCCAACGAGGAGGAGGGCUGCAGAAGUCAGGCUUCCAGACAGGCUGCCUGAAGUGCGAAGAGGGCCAGAUCCGUUUGGCUGCCAACAGCAGCCACUGCCAGCCGUGCCCCAGCAUCCCAACGGCAGCUGUUGGCUGCGAUUCCACCGAGCUCAAGGUACCUCCAGGGUACAUGGUUAACACGACCAACCUCACGGACUGGUACCGUUGCCCGAACACGGCCACGUGCCCGGGUGGUUUUUUGAAGGCUGGCCGCAAACUGGAGGAUGCAGUCGAAGUGGUGCAGCCCAUGUGCGUCCUCGGCUACGAGGGGCCUGGGUGCAUGCGCUGCGCCGCGGAGUUCGCUUGGGCCGACAGCACCGCAAUGCAGUGCAUACGCUGCUCCACGUCCCAGUGGGAGGUCGUCCGUUUCGCCCUCUUCUAUCUGGCCAAGCAGAUGGGGCUGUUCAUGUCUGCCGUGGCCACUGUGACCAACGCGAAGCGCGACAAGAACAACAGCUCCGCCAUGCUGAAUCAGCUCAUGGCCUUUGCGGCCGUGGCGUCCGUAGCCAUGUCAGGUGCCAUGCAGACGGGCGCCUUCCGCCAUUUGCAAGAGUCCGCGCACAGGCUGGCCUCCCUGCUGGAGUCCUUGGAGCUCCCCAUAGCCCUGGCCCAGGGCCAAAGCACAGGUGCCCAGGUCUCCAGCCACUGCCUGCUCAGUCGCCGGGGCCUGGACGGCUCCUUCGUCACCGUGCACUGGGCAACCUCCAUCUUGCCGGCCUUUCUCGUCGCCAUUCUCCUGGCGGCCAAAGGCCUGGGAGUUGCCGUGGUGGUCGGUGUGAACGUCUUCCUACCCGCGUUCACCUCUGCCUUCGGCCGGUACCUAGUGGCAUAUCGGCUUCGGCCCGAGGGCGAGGAGGGCGGCAGGGAGCUUCGCAUGGACUUCCUGCCCUCCGGAGAUCCCCGCACCGUCAUCGCGCUCGUGCUCACGGCCAUCCUCCUCUGCUUCCUCUUUGCCAUCGGCAGCUGGUCCUACAUCGUCUGGACACGCAAGGAGCCCUUCCAGCAGCAUGUCCAAUUCCUCACGGCCUCCUACAAACCCAGCUGCGCAGCUUGGGAGGUGGAGCGGCUGGGCCGGAAGAUGCUCCUGGGCCUCCUCCCGGCGCUCUUGCCCGUGUCCCUCUCUCCGGCGCUGCAGAUGGGCGGCGUGAGCCUCAUCAUCCUCGCGUCCUUGGUCCUCUAUGACUACUACCGGCCAUACAAGGUGGAGUUUUGGAACCAGUUGGAGAUGGCUCUUCUCUUUGUGGCCUUGGCCAUCAUGGUCAUGACAUCGUGCUUGGUUGCCAACGACUUCCACUGGGCCCACUCUGGUGCCACGCAGGCUGCCCUGCUUUUUGCGAUCUGCUCCCUCGCCUCUGGCGUGUGCGUGGCAAUGAUCGUUGCCAUCGCGGUGGCCUUCUACGAUGAGCGCCGUGGGACGCAGCCUUCGCAGUGA